GUGGCGUCCAAUAUUAAUCGAUCUUCAGAUGAGACAGGUAUGAGUGUUGCUUCUCGUGCUUGUCAACAUCAGCAGGUAGUUUCCUGAGUUGGCAGCAUUGUUAUUCAAAUUUCGCGUGGGAAACAUGGAGACAGAAAUGCGAUCAAAAUAUGUUAUAAUUGUCAGUGGCUGCACCGUGAAAUGGAAGAUACCAGGAAUAUUUAUUUGGCAUAUGCUUUAUACGAUAGUAUUGAAGACAAGAGUGUGAGUCACAUUAGACGACUUUUGGAAAACGAGAAGGCUAAUCCAAACACACUGCUUCCAGAAAAGGACUUCACUCCUCUUCAUUAUGUUGUUGGGUGUGAUUCGCUGUUGUUUGCUGAGGAAGUAACAAAACUAUUUCUACAGCAUGGAGGUGAUCCAAAUAUCAGGAAUUCGGAUGGGUUGACACCAGUACAUGUUGCUGCUGCUUGGGGCCAUGCAGAUCUUCUGAGGCUUUUGCUUCUGAAUGGUGGGGAUCCAUGGCUUCAGGAUAAUGAAAGCUGUACUGCAUUUCAUUAUGCUGUCCAGGAGGCUCAUUGGAAUGUAGCUGAAGUACUUCAUCAGUUUCAUUUGAAAGAUAUUUCUCUGCAGCAAACCAAUAAUAGCUCCAUCGAGAAACCAAAGUAUGAGGUAAAUCUUGAAAAAAUUAUCCUCUCCAAUGGUGAUAUCCUUUUGGAAUGUGGCAUUAGCUUCACUGUUCCUGAAAGUCGGUCGACAUUAAAGGAUUCUGUUUCACUUUUUUCUGGUCACUAUUCAGAUCUAUAUGUGGGUAAUAACCUAGUUGACAAUUUGGAGCAGUCUUCCAAUGAAAAAAGUAAAAAGCAUAUACAAAUGCCAAAGAGUGGUGUACAUUCCUCAGGAUGCAGCAAUUUGUUCUUCUCAGAUUCCAGUAUUUCUACUAAAGAUGCAAGCAAAGUCAUAGAAUGCAUAACAUUAAGUAGUAGUGAAACUUCAGAUAAGAACAACUAUUCAAGUGAAUGUAAAGUUAUAUCAUCAGAUCAAAAUUCUGAUAUGUCUUCAAUAUGCUCAGAGGCAAGCAUCCAAAAAUCUGCUACUGAAAAAUGUGUAUCAUUUGAAUACAAGCAGUCUUCAUCAGUAUUUUCAACAAAAUCAUUUACAUCGGGCAAUUCAGCAAAAUCGAGAAGAAAACUUUUGCCACGUUUUGGCAGGAGCUUGGGCAGUAAUAGUACACACUGUGACUUCAACAAUUCUUGUAUGACUGUUGAUCAGCAAGAAAAUAGUACAAAUGAAGCUGUGAAGCACAUCACUGAAAAUAUGCUGCACUCUGUAACAUGCUCAUUGGAAAAGUUAUCGGUGGAUAGUAGCUGUGAUGGCAUUGAGACUUUAGAUUCAUCGCAUUCUUUAUCCAGGAGAAACCUUAGUUUAAGGACGUGUUCACGUUCAGAGCUUUCUCAUUCAGAACUUAACAAUGGUUUCUUGGAUAAAGAUACUCACAAUGGCAUGAAUUGUACACCUGGAAAGUAUGAUGAAGGCAGUAUUGUCUGCUGGAUGUUUCAAAGUACUCCAAAGAAAAAACACCUUUCUUAUGAAAGGGAUGCAUCUUAUGAGGGACAGCUAAAAGUAAAUAAAAAUCAGAAACCAGAAUUGGCUGCAACUACCGUUGCAGGUAGUGACUUGAUAGCAGGGGUGGUAUUGGAGAAAAGUGUUCAAUCCUUACAAAAGAUCCUAAGUGAAGAUACUUUUCCAAAAUCAGAUUUGCAUAUCUGCCUAGAAGGAACAAGUGAUUCUUGUCGAUCAACAAAGACCUCUGAUUAUGUUAACUUCCAUACGUGCAGUUCAGACUCAUCAUCCAGCAGUGGAUCAUAUUUCAGUAUAACUGAAGAAUAUAGAUAUACAGAUGAAGAAAAUGGAAUAGUCCUUAAAGAACGUAGAAUCUUAACUGAGAAGUGCAGCAUUCCUGACGAUGUUUUUGAAAGUGUGAAGAUUCCUGCAGAAUGCUGUGUAAACCUCUCAUUGCCUGAUUCACUGUCCUCAUCAUCAACAUUGUCUUCACUCAAACUGAACCUGGAUUAUGAUACAGAAUCUCUGCGGGCAGAACUGAAAGAGAGAAACUGUAUUCCAGGGCCAAUUACCAAAACAACCAAGAGAUUGUAUUUAAAGAAACUUGUUAAACUGAAGAAGACUGGUGAAUUUUGUAACCAGGGGCAAAGAAAUAUUGAAUACAGUCCAGAGCUUGAGUGCACCUUGAAGACAAUGCAGUGGGUGAAUGGUCUUGCUGCCUAUAUCAAGUUGGAACAAGAAGUAGCUACUCAAUUUUCAAAUCCUAGUUGUGAAAGAAGAUGGCGAGGUGGUAUAACGAAAUCAGCAUUCUGUUAUCUGUUACUUGAUCCAAGAGUAACCAAAAAUCUUCCAUGUAGGACACAAACAUUGCAGCCUCUCCAGAUCUGGCAAACGUUUCUGUCAUCUGUCUUUUAUAUUGGCAAAGGUGUGAGAAAUAGGCCAUAUUCUCAUCUGUAUCAGGCUGCUUCUUUAUGGAAAACAAAAUCGAAGUCUUCAGACAAGAAGGUACAAUACAUUUUAGAUAUAUGGAGUGAAGGGUUUGGUGUUGUAUGCCUUCAUGUGUUCCAAAAUGUUAUACCUGUUGAGGCUCACACUCGUGAGGCAGCUAUGAUAGAAGCUAUGGGUUUGAAGGCAUUGAAAAAUGUUCGUCACAGUGAGUAUUAUGGAACUGCUGCAACUUGGAAUUCAAAGCAGCGACGAAAAUUAGGUGUUUAUCUUCUCUACAGAGCAUUGCUAGUUUUUUUGAGUGAAGGGGAGAGGCAACUUGGACCAGAAAACUUAUAGUACUUAAAUAAUGCCCUAUUUGGAGCUUGAUACACCUGUGUAAUUACAAGAAAAUUAUGCAUGGGUUAAAGUUAAUUUUAAAUACCUAUGGAUCUAAGUGGCAGGUACCCCCCCUCCUACACACACACAUACACACACAUACACACACAUACACACACAUACACACACACACACACACAUACACACACACACACACACACACACACACACACACACACACACACACACACACCAAAGGAAAUGUUAAAAGUAGAUAUUGUAUCCAAACCUAAUGUAUUGUUAUAAUGGUGGACAGUGAGAGCAAUGUUAUUAAUAAGAGAAAUAAAGAGAGGCUGAAAUUAGCAGUGUAAUUCAUAAUUCUUAUAUCUGCACUUCCACCACAUUUAUGUUCAGAUUUAAUGAAAUAUCUCUCUUCAAAGCCUGCUAUAUUUAAAAUUGUUUCAUUUUCUUUCAUACCACACCAAACAAAGUUUUGGGGUGGAUAAGGCUCUAGAUUCUUAAAUCAGAAGGAACAGGUGUCAAAUUCCUGUUUGAUUAGUCACAGGUUUUUUGUUGUUUUUCUUAAAUCACUUCAGGUGAAUGCCGGGAUCUGUCCUUCAUAAUGACCACAGUUGACUUCUGUACCCAACUUGUAGGCUCUUUGUUGUGAAUUUUAAAUUUUGUGCAGAUUGAAUGUUCAAACAAAUUUUGGGCUUGCAGCUGGUCGUCAUUUAAUUCAUCCCACGAUAUUUUGACUGAGCUCCUGUGAGCCAUCGAAGACUGUUCAGCAAUAUAUAGUGAGCUGAGAGUCUUCCACGCAUGCAUCAAAAUAAAGUUGACAGAUGGACGACACUUCCAUUUCUUAAUACAAACAAGUGACUCUAUUUUGCACUCACACCUAGAGCACUGCUUUUAAUUAGCCUUGUGAGUGGUGAUGAAGCCAUGCAAUGCCUUUCUGUGGGUGCUGUAGAAGAAAUAAAAAGGGAAAAUUGCUGUUCUCUUUAGAAAUCUCCUCCCCAGUGCAGUAACUUAACCUCUGCAGAGAGGUCUGAACUAUGAAACCUGAGAAAGUAUCAUGAUGUAGUGGUACUGAAGGCCUGUGAAGGCAAUGAAACUGUUUUGUUACCUCAUAAUGCAUAUAAGAUGUGUGGUCUCCGUAGCGAUUCUACCUGUAGGAAAAUUGAUCACGAUCCUACAGGAUGUGUGCAGUGGAAUGCUUCUGCACUACUGAAUUCCUCCUCCUUACCACUAGAGAUCAUGAAGAGUUCAGGACCACAUGGUUGUGUACCAUCAAGACUGUGUGGCCUUCCGAACGUUCAUAAGGAAACUUGCAUUAUGCCCAAUAGUGAGCAACAUUUGAGCUCCGACAUAUGAUUUAGAUAACAUCUUGCUUCUUUGCUGGGACAGUUGGUGGGCAAAUGUUAACAUCACACCCAUAAUUCAGCUGAUGCUGUCAAUAGACUGAGGGCUCUCCGUCUAAGCAGUUUUGACCCGCUCGUUAGCUUCAGUGUGGUUUCACUAUUUACAAAGGUGCCUCUCGCAGAUUCUUUGGCACUACUUGGCAAAAAGUUUCAGAUGGACAACACUGCAUUGUUUCAGCAUGCUCUGUCAUCAGCAUACUUUAUGUUCAACCAAGACUACUUUGACUGAUGGCAUCAUCAUGGGCAGCCCUUUGUCUCCCUUGGUGGCCAACCUUUUUAUGAGGGAUUUUGAGGAGAGAGCACAUGAAUUGGCUAUCAUUAAACCAACUGUAUUUUGGAGGUAUGUGGAUGAUAUUUGCAUAGUGUGACCUCAGGGAGAAGAUAAUUUGAUGGGAGUUUCCUCACCAGUUCUAUUCAUGACAACGUUUGGUUCACUAUGGAAGUAGAGAAAGAUGGUUGUAUGCCUUUCUUGAAUGUCUAGGUUACAUGAAAGAAUGAUGGCUCUCUGGAGCAUUCAGUUACCCGUACGCCCACUGAUACUGAUUUAUAUUUGGAAAUAUCAAGGUGUCAUCACCCGUAGCAAACAAUGAGCAUGGAUAAAACACUCGUACAUAGAGAUGACAGCGCGCCAACAGCCAUGACGAGUAGUAGUGCAGAGGGCAGCUGAGUUCUUUGGUUCUGCCAGUGACAGUGCUGCUGCGAGGAAGUGUGGUCUGUCUGCCAACUUGAUUUUGAUGCAUGCACGGAACAUUCACAGCAUGCUAUAUAUUAGGAAUGGAGCCAGUCUUCAGUGGCUCACUAGAAGACGGCUGACAGGUGCCCAGUAGAAAUAUUGUAGGAUGAAUUAUACGACAUUCGUUUAAAUGGUUUUCAUGUUGUGCCUGCCUGCAACUAAACAUCUCUAUAUGACGAGUAGCAAUCUAUCCUUUUCAUAAUAGAAUCAUUGUUCCAUCCUGGAUUUUCCUUUGGCUUUCUAUUUGUGGUGUUCUUUUCCUUGUGCCUCUGUGCUACUCAACACCUCCUUUUUGUGGUAAAUGACAGUUUAUCCUUUCCAUAUUUUUGUGUAUUGUUUUAACACUGAGGAAGUUAGGCAAAAAUAAAAACUCAUAGUAAUUGUAUAUCAUGUAGAACAUGUUCUAUGGGGAAAAAAACCCAAGAGUUUUUAUGUAUGCCACCAUGAAAGCAAUAUUCUUUAAACUGUUGGCCACUGUGAAACAUAGUUUGUCAGCCUACUAUGGCAGUGAUUAUGUGGUUAAAUGACAGAUGUACCUGUUAGGAGUAAUCACUUGGAAAUGACACAUUUCCAAAAUCAGCUGUUUUUGUGAAGUGAAAGACUGUGAGCACAAUAUAGCCAAAGCAGAAAAUGUAAUUGUCUUUUACAAUUAUUGACAAGAGUGUAUAUGAAUGGCAGUUCAGUUCAAGGUUCUGUGAUAGUGCACACAGGCACUGACUGAAAUUCUUUGAAGUCAUAUACCUACAUAGAAUGACAUGUAUACACCAUUUGCAGUUGUAAUAUAGGAUGUAAAAGUAGUAUUAUUAUAAAUAUGUCCCCGCCGAUUACAUUAAAAUAUUUUCUGGUGUGUACAAAAAAGUUUAUUGGUUACUAUAUUGAAAAGAUUUUUUAUUUUUUAUCGCCUUGUGUUUGUAGCUUAACAAACCUUUUUAUACAUGUUUGUGUGUUAGAUAUAAUUUGUAUUCUAUAUAAUGAUUAUUUAUGACAUGAUGUAUAAGUGUGUUGAAGUUCAUACUCAACUUUUGUAGUUUCUUGCCCUGUACUAUUUGCAUAUUAUUAAGUAUCUGCAUCUAACUGAGACAUUAUUUCCAAUCUUGGACAAAUAAGUGGUAUGUUGUUCUUAAAGUCUCUUACUCAUGCCACAUCAUGAAUGCUACCUAUUCUAGUCAGAUUGUGUUCAUUAUAUUGUCAAAAUUUUGAUGAAUAAAAUGAUUUUUUUUU